UUUUACGGCAUCAUGAUCGAUGCAGGCUCCACGGGCUCGCGCAUCCACGUGUAUCACUUCAAGUCACUCGACGCUGAAAAUGACGCUAUGGAGCUUCAGUCUGAGGUGUUUCAAUCCAUCAAGCCCGGCUUGAGCUCCUAUGCUGACGAUCCCCGCGCUGGUGCUGAAAGCCUCAUGCCUUUGCUCGACAUUGCCAUGUCGACGGUGCCUGAAAACAAGCGUGCCAUUACGCCCAUCAACCUCAAGGCCACGGCAGGCCUGCGGCUUCUGCCACAGGAGAAGGCGCAGGCGCUUUUGACGGAGGUGGAGUCCCUCAUCAAGAGCUAUCCCUUCCUCUUUGACCCCGAAGAUGCUGUCGAGAUUAUGGAAGGUCUGAAUGAGGGCAAGUUUGCUUGGGUCACCGUCAACUAUCUUCUCAACACCAUCGGCCAGCCCUCCCACCGCCAGUGCGUGGUUCUGGAUCUGGGUGGUGGAUCCACUCAAAUU